AUGAUGGACCUGUAUCUGCGUGUGGGUAGUGUGACUGACAAAGAUGUGAUGUUAGAGGUUGAGAGUUAUAUCAUAGCCUUUGCCCUGCAUUGCUUUGACCACCAGCCAGUUAAGGUGCAUUAUUAUAUGGAAGUGUUGGAGGUCACACCAUUGAUCCAUUGCUGCCCUGCCAUCUUGGAUGGGUGGACCAAAACUGAUCGCCCUGAUAGCAUUGUCUGUACUCAAAAGUGUCCUGUGACACUCGUCUCUAAAUCAGAGAGAUUGACUGUAUUGGGAUUGUGCAGCAUAUUGCGUGCCACUUUAUACAAGUCUUCCACCAAGGAUUCAAGCAAUAUUGCAUCAAAGCUGUUGGGUUUCAGGCAGGGGUGUCUGAUGGCUCCAGCUGAGGCCUCUGUCUGGACACAAUUCUGUGAAGUUGAUAUGCCAGAUGCACUGAAGGCAAUUCUUGAAUGGCAUGGUGAUAGAUGGUCUAUCCCCAUUGCACUGCUGCGCUUUGAUGUUCACUUGAGUCUUCCUGCACGCAUCCAUAAUGUCCGCAAGAGGGCACAGGAACUUUCCUUAUGUGAUUCCUCACCCUCGACAAAUGUGUUGGGUCUCAGUGAUAAUCUUCACACAUAUGCUGAGGGACCUGACAUGGUUCUGUCAGACUUAAUUCUCUUCUCCCUCUUCAGUGUGUUCAGGAAUUUGUGUGGAACAGAUAUUCUAAAUCAAAACAUUCCCAGAGUCAUGGAAUGGUAUAGAAAAUGUGUUCAAGUUGAGCCCAAAUUUAAUAAAGUCUCAGAAAUGGUUUUGAAGGUCAAGAAACUCAAAUUCAGUAAAGUUGAAAUCCCCACUUUUGAAGAGCAGAGCAUUUACAAGCGGGACCCUCGGCGAUACAAGCCAAGUAACAGGAUCUUUACAAGACAGGAAGACGUUGAUCAAGUCCUUGGCAUGUUUCCCAUUGAUGUUAUGAUUCCAUAUACUGAAAAGGAGGAGAAAGGCUAUCAACUUGAGUGGAAUUCCCUGAGCAGGCACAUCACACCACAUGAUUACCUGCCAACAAAGCGCCUGGAACGAAAAAUGCAGCAGCUGGAGAACAUGGUCUCAGCAGUUAUGAAUCUCUGUCAACCCGGGAGUAUUAUUGUUGAUUUCUGUUCUGGUGGAGGUCAUUUGGGAAUCAUUCUUGCUGCACUUCUUCCAUCCAACACAGUCAUCCUGGUUGAAAAUAAGGAAGAGAGUCUGAAAAGAGCUCGGCAGAGAGCCAUGUCAGCCCACAUCCGAAAUUUGGACUUCUAUCAGUCCAAUCUUGAUUAUUUUGAUAGACCCUUUGACAUUGGGAUGGCCCUCCAUGCAUGUGGCAUGGCAUCAGAUCUUGUUCUGCAAAAGUGUAUUUCGCAUCAAGCCUCUUUUGUAAUCUGUCCCUGUUGUUAUGGUAGUGUGAGCCCUGCAAAUUCUGCUGUGUAUCCUCAAAGUCAGAAAUUCAAGAGAUACAUAUCUGGUUCAGAGUAUAUUGUUCUAGCUCACUCAGCUGAUCAGACUCAUGAUGAGGAGCACCCCAAGACACUUCAGGGCCGACUAUGCAUGCAGGCUGUUGAUAGUGAUAGACUCUUCUCUGCAGAAGAAUUGGGCUAUGCAGUGCAGCUUUCUCGUAUGACUCCCCCAGGAUCCUCUCCCAAAGACCAUGUCCUUGUUGGGAUUUUCUCGAAAUUGUGA